AUGCAAUACGUGCGAAGUAUCAGCGGUUCGGUUUCGAAAACCUGGAAUUCGAUAAACCCAGCAACCCUCAGCGGAGCGAUCGAUGUUAUAGUCGUGGAACAAGAAGAUGGAUCAUUGGCAUGUUCACCAUUUCACGUUCGCUUCGGGAAGUUCUCUCUCCUUCGACCAUACGAGAAGAAGGUCGAAUUUAGAGUCAACGAUGUCAAACAAGAUUACGCCAUGAAGUUGGGAGAAGGGGGAGAGGCAUUCUUCGUUUUCGAGACCAGUGAUAAUAUUCCAGAAGCUAUGCAGACCUCACCUCUCGUUUCGCCAGUUUCCAGUCCACCGUUACCAGCAUCGGGUGCGCACCCAGCAAGUCUGUCGGAACCUGACUUCCUAGCAUUAGAUAUGGGCCACAAAAGUUUAAGAUCAGACAGUUUUACAAAAUCUGCGGGAGGUCCAUAUCCUAGGAGGCAAAGUAAUCUCAGUGCUUUGACACCACCAUCGAUAUCGUCAGAGCAGGCAAUUGAUAGAACCCUUCCUGGAGAUUAUGCUGGAGUUCAACGUAGCCAUACAGACGAAUUCUUGUCAUCCUCGGCUCGCACGAACAUUAGCGAUUUGACGGAACGAGAUAGGCAAACACGAUCCAUGACACCCACUGUUGCAGCUGUCGAUGGACAAUCGGAUGUUUUCACUGAAAGAUCGCACAGCCCUCCGCCUCUGCCAACACGCGAAGCAAUAGAAAGGGCAAUGGCAUUGUCGAAUCGUCUUCAAGCCUCAAACAUCCCAAGUCAGGUCACGGAAACCGGUGACUUGAUGUUGGAUAUGACGGGUUACAAAAGUAGUGACGAUGAUGCGCUUCGGGCAGAGGUUAUUGCGCGAAAGGUUUUGUCAGAAGAAUUGGAAGGCAAUUAUGAUAUUGGUGCUCUGAUUGGCGCGGAUGAAAACGGAAACCUUUGGAUAUACAGUAGUGAAGAGGCAAAAGAAGCUGCAAGUCAGAGGGCGGCAAUGGCAGGCAUUAAUGCUUCUGGAUUGACGACCGAUACCUCUUCGGAUCUAGGAUACAGUAGCGAAACAGAUAGUGAUAUCCUUCACCCACCGAUCGUUCCAACGCACCGACGUGCCGGUUCGGAGUCAUUGGGAAUGCAAACACCACCCAAGACACCCACUGGAACCGCCGGUGAUCCAAAUCGAAACUACGCCAAAACUUUGCGAUUGACUAGCGAUCAAUUAAAAGCUCUCGGCCUCAAGUCCGGCCCAAAUCCCGUGAGCUUUACUGUCAACCGAGCAACUUGUCAAGCAAAUAUGUAUCUCUGGAGAUAUGAUGUCCCUAUUGUAAUUUCCGAUAUUGAUGGUACCAUCACAAAAUCAGAUGCUUUAGGUCAUGUCUUGAAUUACAUCGGAAGAGAUUGGACUCAUAUCGGAGUUGCCAAACUCUACACGGAGAUCAUUAACAAUGGUUACAACAUCAUGUACUUGACCUCUCGAUCGGUAGGUCAAGCCGAUACAACCAGAGCCUACCUCAAUGGUGUGGUACAGGAGAAUUAUCGCUUACCGAAAGGACCAACCAUCUUGAGUCCUGAUAGAACGCUUGCAGCUUUGAGACGAGAAGUCUAUAUUAGAAAGCCAGAAGUCUUUAAAAUGGCUUGCCUAAGAGAUAUCAAGAACCUGUUCGGCCCUAAUCGCACACCGUUCUAUGCAGGGUUUGGUAACAGGCUCACUGAUGCAUUAUCAUACCGCUCUGUCAGUAUUCCAAGCAAUCGCAUUUUCACGAUCAACAGUUAUGCAGAAGUUUCGUUGGAUUUGCUCAGUCUCAACAAAUUACGGUACAGCUAUGUAAAUAUGCGAGAGGUUGUGGAUCAUUACUUUCCACCGGUAAACACCCUUAUCACCAGCGGAGGUGAGGAAUACACUGAUUUCACAUAUUGGCGAGAACCUGUCCUUGAACUCGACGACUUCAGUGGGUCUGAGAGUGAUGACAAGGAUCUUGAAGAAAGAGAGGAGGAGGAGGAUGACGACGAGGAGGAAGAAGACAACGAACAUUUGGGUGAUAGUUAUAUCUCUCGUGAAUCUUUAGACGAAGACAAUUACUACGAGGAGGGUUUAGAUGAAAGUCUUUUGAUGGAGUCAAUAGAGGGUGAUGAUGGUUUGGGAAGAAGUAUGCUGUUAGAGGGAGAAGGUCAAGAUCAGGAAUACUACGACAACGCAAUUGAAGAUGACGAUUACGAAGAGGACUCAGCGCUAGAAGGGGGCGGUGUCAGACUAGAUGAUCAACUCACCCCUCAACCUGAGAAAAUUGAUACCGAUGCCGAAGUCAUUACAGGACUAAAAAAUCUUGCUUUAAAGGAAGAAAAUUCCGACGAUUAG